AGGCUGUGCCGAGCCGAGCCGGGGCGCGGCGCGGCGGCGGCGGCCGCUCAGACGCCGGCAGCCCGCGCGCAGCAUGUGAGCUGCGGCCCCGGAGCGCCGAGGGAGCCACCGCCGCGCCGCGCUCCAGCAUGGGGCCCGCGCUGCUCCUGGGGCUGCUCCUCUCCCGAGCCGGAGACCUCCUGGCUCUGCCGAGGAGUGACUGCCUAGCCGCAGAACAGCUGUGCCUCUCGGACUCCACCUGCAAUGCCACCUACAGGAUCCUGGAAACCUGUGCCCUUGCUAAGACUCGCUUCCUUCCACUGGAUCACCGCAGCAGGGACAGAUGUCUGAGUGCAGAGCAAGUCCUUGGAAACAGCUCUUUACUGCACUGCAAGUGUCACCGGCGCAUGAAGAGACAGGAGCACUGCUUACGCGUUUUCUGGACCGUUCACUCCAGCAUGACAGAUGGUUAUUUCAAUUUGGAGACCUCCCCAUAUGAGAAUCCAGCAAAUGAAGAACACUGGAAGACAGAUUACAAUAAACUGGCAGCUCUGGUAUCAGGCUCACAGUUAGCAGGAGACGCAACAAAUCCAUGCCUGAAAGCAACUCAUGUUUGUAAUCUGAGCAAAAAGUGCGUUCGUCUGCGCACAGACUAUGCCUCUAUCUGCACCAAGGGAGCAGGAAGUGAGGACACGUGCGAUCGCCGCAAAUGCCACAGAGGGCUAAGAAAUUUCUUUGAGAAAGUCCCUGAGGAUUUCACCAAAAGGAUCCUAUUCUGUCCAUGUCAAGAUGAACUUUGUGGGGAACGACGCCGGAAAACUAUUGUCCCUGAUUGUUCCUUCCAGUAUAACACCAAACCCAAUUGCCUCUGGCUUUUGGACUCAUGUUUAGAAGACCACAUCUGCAAAUCCCGACUGGCUGAUUUCCAACAAAACUGCCAACCUACAGGCAUGUCCCCAGACGGCUGCUCUCAGCACAACCAUGCUGCAUGCCUGCAGGCUUACAUGGGGAUGAUUGGCACACCUAUGACACCCAACUACGUCAGUAACUUCAGUGUGGAAGUCUCCCUGUGGUGUACGUGUGAGAGCAGUGGCAACCAGAAGGAGAAGUGUGACCAGAUACUGAGCAUGUUUGAAAGCAACAAAUGCCUUGAAAAUGCAAUUUGGUCUCAAAUGCGCCUGAAGCGGACAGCUCUGGAGAGACAGGAAGAAUUGUUUUAUUCAUCUUCCCUAAGCUUCCAAGGAGACAGUGCCAGCACAUCGCUUGCUUCAGAAAUGUCCCAGGUGACUGAAGUGAAGACACAGCGAGACAUCUCUGAACACAACAGUAUGCCUAUGGCCUCCUCUGUAUAUUCUGGAGCUGCUAUUUCCUGGCCAUCUCUGGCUCUGUUCCUGCCCCUGCUGCUCAGCCCACCUUAACUUGACUCAGAUGGCAUUUUUCCUUCCCAUGUUAUUAAUCUUAUUCCAUGUCCAGGCAUCUCCCCCUAUUAAUUUACUCUUGGCAAACAGACAGCCUCCAGAAAAGAGGAAUGGAACAGCCUUAACCCAGAACAGCAAUCACUGAAAACUUCCCCCCAACUCACACCUCACUUUCCCCCGACAUGUCUGUAUUGAGAGCUGCAGAUUUGCUGCCCACUGAUGCUUCUGCUAUGUUAGCAUUUUGAGGAACAAUCAGUCAGGCUAAUAUUCAAGGGCAAUAUUUUAAAACAAAAGUCUGAAUUCUUUCAGAACUUGUACAGAGUUUGCUUUCUGACUGCAGGGAGAAACCUGACACAGUGUGUCCUACUGCCCCAUCUUCUGGAGCUCUUCCUCGGGCACAGAGUACAGCAUACCAUUCUAAAAACUAGAAGUCCUCACACUCCAGGAUGGGCUGCAACUACAGCUAGGUAAACAUACACAUAAAGUUCCUGUUAAACACCAGCUCUGUAUUACUUUCAGUUCCCUUUUUCAAAUUUUUCAAAUCCAUUUUUUUAAGCAUAUGAAAAAUACCAUCCCAGAUCAAGGACACUGUGCUCCAGCUUAAAUUCUUGCUCUGUUUUGCCCCUUGCAACCAUAUAUUAGCCAUUACCAUGGCUAGCAACAGACUGGGGUUUUGUGGGUUAGGAUGCAUUUCUGUACUCAACCGCAGUAAAUUUAGCCUUAUCCAGCCAACCAUGACUUUUCGUCUGACCUAAGGGUGUGCCUUCUUAGGAAUACUUUGAGAAAGUAUAGAGACUCACUGAAGCUAUAUUCACCACAAAUCCCCUAGGACAUUCAGUGCAAAGACCUCCGAGAGCUGGAAUUACCUUGCACAUCCCCAUAUAUUCAGCUAUCACUGCCGCCGCCCCCCCCCCCGCCCCCCCCGCAAUCUCCUCUUCCUCUGCCAGGUUCUAUUUCAUGACCUGUUUAUUCCACGUGUAAAAGUGUGCACUGUGUAACUGCUGUUACUUUCUGCUGCAUUGGCCUGUUAAAAUGUGGUGUUAAAGUGCAUAUUGAUUUCUGAGCACAGGUUAAUCGUCCACAGUCAACUGUGUGUAAGAGUUACCCCAUCAGUCGACUUACGUUUUCAGUAGAGCUAGGAAGUCAGCUCCAAGCAGCUUCUCUGCAUAUAGAUAGUCUCUCUUGCGCAGCCUGUGAGAUACAACAAAUCUGAACAAUAACAUGCACAGCUGAGCAAUAUUACAAUCCUGAAUAGAUGCAGAGCAGGUGGGUAUCUCUCUUCACUCCGUGCUUUAUCUGUGCCCAGAAAGGCACCAACUAGGCAAUGUGCUGUGAUUCCCAGUCACUGUCAGAUACCUUUCUACUAGAGAAUCUCCCACUGCUGCAUGCAUAGGAGCCAUUAUUCUUCUGCAGUGAUAUUUCAGUUUCAAAUUCCAGCCUUCUCUUUACUUCCUGGGCAGCUACAGCAGGAAAAUCACUGCAUGGAGCAGAACCACCUCCUCUGUCCGACAGAGAAGUAACAACUUCUUUCCAUGCAGUAGGAACAAACAUAGUGACUUCUUAAUUCAAAGGAAUAUGAAUUCUGACAUUUCCCAUUACCUACUGAAAUGUGGCUAUUUGGAUCAAGAGACAGCACUGUUCCCACAUUUUUGCUACCCCUCUUUAAUGAAAGCAGAGUCCAUGUUACCACAGGACUUUGAGAUCUACAUUUGGCCAUCCUCCAUACAGUGGGUCUAGAAAUCUGUGUGAAGGCUCUUGAUUGUAAUGCAGCAGGUUCUGCCAUCUUCAGAGUUUACAGGAGAAUGACAGGAAAGAAAAAAAUGUUUUUCUUCACAAUAUCCCAUGCACCAGUGAGGACAUUUGUAAGAACGACAGAAUAGCUUUCACUGGGCAAUCUGUACUACUUACACUACGUGUGGCAUUCAUCUCCCAGUCACCUGCACUGAACUUUCCUUUUUCCCCCACCAUGUUCCUCCACCAGUGCUCUCACACAGGUUGAUAUCGGAAAAUGUAUUAGCAUUUUGUGCAAAAAAAUAAAAAAAAAGAAAAAAAAGAAAAACAAGCAAACAAAAAAAAACCCAAACCAAAAUACUAAUAUCUUUUGCCAUAUCAGCUUGUGUGAAGUGUAGCCUCUUACUCCUAGUAACAAGGUGAUGAAUUGCAAUUGCAGCUUCCUGUCAUGUCCUGGAGUACAAAGGAAGAUGCUUUACAGUUAAACAAAUCCUGCUCUAGACAGAAAUUAAAGCAAAACACAACAUUUCAGAUUUUUCUCCAAAUGUCCUAUAACCUGUUCCAGGUAGAUAUAUGUACCUUUAUAUACACAGCUGCUUCUUAUGAUUGUUCCAUCGAUAACUGCAAACAAAAUCCACAUCUAAAUACACUUGCAUUCACAGAUGCUUGCACUUAUGUGCACAAAUCCAUUUUCACUUAGGCUUUUGUAACACCCGAUCUCCAAAUAUCACACAGCAUACAUGCAUGCACAAGCAUAACUACUAGAAUUGUCUUGCAAUAUCAGUAUCAGUCCAAUUCUGCCAACGCCACCAAUAAUGAAAGAUUGGCACACUUACCCAAACCCAUUCAGAACAGUUCUUUCUAUCUCUACUACACAGGAAUUUACAUGAGGAAAAAAAAAAUCUCAGCUUCAGUUCCCCAAAAACUGGAAUACAACAUCCUGCAGAGUAUCCUUCAUCUAAAUACAAAAAUAAUCUAAUAGAAAUUCUCUACACUGACAUUCUUAACACUGAGCUCCCAGCAAGCAUACAGAAAGGAGGGAACUUUCUAACUGUUGUAAUGUAAAUUAUUUUUAAGAGUGUAAAAUAAUGCCAAAUCUCACUAAUAAAACUUAUCUUGCAGCUCUGGAA